AAACCCCAGCCCACUCACUCAGUCACUACACACUAUCUGUAUCAGCCAGACAUGAACUACAUGAAUCAGAUGUGCAUCGAUGGCAAGGAGGACAUGAUGGAGGAGAAGACCGAAGAUCCGAGGAAGGAAUUUAAUUCCCUGCUUGAGAAAUGGAAUCGAGGGAGCGGCUCUUCGGCAGCCAACAUAGCCAUAGUCACCAGGAUGUGUGAGAUUAUUGAGAAGGAAACAGAAAACUACAUGAAGCUUGAUCAGGAUCCGUUUGAUGAUCGCCAUCCGGCCCGCGUUGAUCCCGAAUGUGACUUGGGUUACCUGAUGACUGUGUUGUUUAAAAAAGAUGACUUUAUGAAUCAGCUUGUGAGUGAUUUCGUAACGCUAUCACGAGACUUCGACACCAACGUUAUCGGCUGCCGUCUGCUCCUAGAUGUUCUCCCUGGUCUUGAGACUUCAAUUAUCUUUGAAGAAUCGGAUCAACUAGUGAGUAAGUUAGUCCAGUGGGUGAUGCAGUCUGAGGAACCUCUUCAGUCUUACGCUACUGGCCUCCUAGCCAACGCCAUAGAGGUUCAGGAAAUAGCCGGCAACCUACGUGAGGAAAAUACCUCAAUGGUGACGGUAAUGAUGGGUCGUCUCCACUCUCUGAUGAAGCAGUCCAUGGAGGACGACAACUCGUCAGGUCGCUCCGAGAGCUCCAAAGACGAUCGACCGUUUGAAUGCUUAAAUGGGAGUGGGGACAACAGCCCUGACCUCACCCAGGAAGAGCCUGCAGAGAGACCCUCUGGAUCAGACGACUUCACCGCAGAGAGUCAAGCAAUGGAUUCCUCAUGCGUCCCGACGAAUGAUGCAACAUGCAGUAACGGGUUUGCCGACCCAUCUCCUGGUCCCUCAGAAGAUCAGAAAGUGUCGCCCUCAUCGUCAAAAACCAAAGACACUCUCAUCUCAGGAACUUCAUCUGCCAACCAAAAUAUCACAGCCAGACAGACUUCAGCCGAUGUUACAGACCCCAAGUUGAUGCCGUCCUCAAGCACACUGUCCGCAUUGUCAAACUUCAAAGACCAUCUCACCUCAGGAACAUCAAUAAGCACAAGAAUCCGGCGGAGUAGCGGCAAAGGAGAUAAGGCUGCCCUUCCCAAGAAGAGUGGCAAAACCAAAAAGACAUCCGCCCCAGGCUCCAGGAAGGCCAAGUCCAUGAAGGGUUUGAGUCAUCCUGAAGAGAGCAACAGCAGCUGGUCUGAACUUUCUUACUUCAUCAUCGGUACCCACUGUAUGUACCCAAUGACUCCUGUUAUGCAGCAGAGAUUUAUUCUGCAAUAUCUGACGCCUUUGGCGGAGUACCAGGAACUGCUUGGUACAAUGUUCGAGAAUGGAGCUAUGGAUUUAGUGAUGCACUACAUUGACUUGAGCAAGUCUAACGAUGCCAGGUUGACCUUCGACGGUUUAAAGUACCUAUCCUCAUUGAUAUGCCAUAAGAAGUUUGCUGCUGAGUUCGUUGAACGAGGCGGUGUUCAACAGUUAUUGAAGGUCCAUCGUCCGUCCAUCCCUGCCACCGGGGUGUCCCUGUGCCUGUACUACUUGGCCUACAACGCUGAUACCAUGGAAAGAAUUUGUUUGCUGCCUCCGCAAGACGUCAGAGAACUUGUCCGGUAUGCCCUGUGGUUGCUAGAGUGCUCCCAUGAAUCCGGCAGGAGUCAUGCCACGAUGUUUUUCACUAUGGCCUUUAGUUUCUGGACCGUCUUGGAGCACUUCGAUCAGCAGGAUGGCAUCCGUAAACUCUUCAAUACGACGAGUACAUUAAACAUCCUGAAUCUCGAAGACCAAGGACACUUUCUGAAUGAUGACGAUCUAUACACCAGCCGCCAGACAGUCAAGCAUACCUGUAUGACACUUAAGAAGUACUUUGAGACCCACCUGGCCAUCAGAGUGGACAGUAUCAAGAGAGCAUACUCCAAGAACCAAGGCUUUGUUCCUCCAGACGCUAUUCCUCCGUACAAGGCCAUCACGGUCACUACAGAGAGUACCAGUGAGCACAUGGAGACAAUGCUAGAGGAAGCACCGCCCAACAUGUACUGGAAACCAGUGAACGCAUUCAUCAAGAUGGAUGGAGCCAAGGUGAUGAUGCAGAUCAUUGCCAUGGCCAAUGAUUGGAAGAACUACAGUGGAAAGGCUGAUGCCAUCGGUGCUGCUCUGGACGUCCUGGCGACUAUCACCGUGACUACCAGAGGCCAACUACAGCUAUGUGAAGAGGUGCAGGUCGCUGACAAUGUUGCGUCCAUUGGAAUGAGCAUCAUCAGUGGUAUGGCAGAGGGGGACAUAUUGCAAGAUGCAGAGGUCCAGAAGGCAGCCUUACAAGUUAUCAUCAAUUGUGUGUGUGGUCCAUGCUCUAAGCUUGGUGUGACGGUCAGCCGGUUUGCAGAGGGUGGUUCCAGGAGGAACCGUGGUACAGUACGGUCAAGUUAUGAUGUCAUUGAGAAGAUGUGGGACUGUGUUAGGAGUAACAAUGGCAUUAGGACAUUAUUAAGCCUAUUGACCAUCAAGAUUCCGAUCAUCGAGGCAGACUCUAUCCGUGCGUUGAGCUGUAAAGCCCUUUGUGGACUUGCCAAGAGUGAAGUUGUUCGCCAGAUCGUCAGUAAAUUGCCGCUGUUCUCUAGCGGACAGCUCCAAGUACUCAUGAGGGAACCUGUACUACAAGAUAAACAGUCGGAGCAUUUGAAAUUCUGCAAGUAUGCCUCCGAGCUAAUCGAGAAAGUGACGGGCAAGCCAAUGUCGCUCAGCGGUGAUGCAACACUUUCCAAGCUUCAUAAAGCUAGUAUUGUUGCUCAAACUAAGAUAUCGUACUCACAAAAAGAACUGCUGCAGCUUAUCCAUAGUCACCUAGUAUCGCAAGGUUUGAAUGAAACAGCGAGCGUCUUACAGAGAGAGGCUAGGAUACCAAAGAUAUCAACAAGUUUACUGACCCCUGGCCUUUCCCCUCACACCGCUGGUACCUUACUAACACCCGCUUCAAUAAUGCCGCGAUCAUUCCACACCCCGAGGGUUCCGCCACCGAUCUCACACAUCUCCCAAAGCCACAACCAACCCAACUCCACCUUACCCCUUCCCCCACUCAGUGUAUCCGUAUCUCAGGACCAUUGUAUGGGCUCACAGGGUAGUGGUGUUGGGGAUCCCAGCCCAGGUACCCACUCGGCACCCACUACGCCCCAGCACAUCGGACGGAUAUCAUUCUGCCCGGAUAGGAAUGCGACCACACCGGGGAGUGUGAAUAGAGUUAAAAAGAGAAUCAUCCGAGAGAAAGUAUCCCAGAAUGCCUUAUUCCUUGGGAGUGGUGUCGGAGGUCAGUCCAAACGGCGUCAGGUACCCAGCCCCCCAUCAUUAGACAUCAUAGUAUCACAGUACCUCAGGGAGCAACAUGCACACUGUAGAAACCCGGUCGUUGCCUGCCCGAGUUUUUCACUGCUAGAACCCCAUCAAUGUCCAGAACCAAAGUUCCGUCAGAACGCUCCAAUUAAUGCAACGUCAAGGAUCUUCAGAAGAGCUAUCAGACCAAUGCAUGGUGGUGUGGACGGGUUAAGAUGUACGAGACAUUUUAUCUACAGUAGAUUUCACCCAUCUCUGACUUAUCGUGACCCUGAUGAGGACAGUUGCUUCACUUGCUGCCGUUUUAGCCGACAUGUGGAUCCCACUGAGAUGUUUUUGUGGCUUGGUAAUUAUGGAGGCGAGUUGAAGGCAUACAAUAUCUACUCUAACACGGAGGAAGCAUCGUACAGUUGCCACGACUCGCCUAUAACAAACCUCGAGCCCUCCAGGGAUGGAAAACUCAUUCUGACCUCCAGUUCGUGGAGUCAUCCCAUGUCUGCGCUAUGGGGUAUCGGUGACACCUUUGAUAAAAAGUUUACGUUCCAGGAAGAUCAACAUGUGGAAUUCAGUAAGCUGUCUCAAGAUCGAAUUAUAGGGACCAAGGAUGAGACGGCAUUUAUUUACGACACCUCUACCGGUCAGCAGAUCCUCAAACUGGAAGACUUCAGCAACAACUACACCAAGAACCGUGCAACCUUUGACCCGACUGAUGAGCUAGUCCUCAACGAUGGAGUAUUAUGGGAUGUUCGGUCGGCUAAAGCCAUCUACAAGUUUGACAAGUUUCAGAGUAACAUCAGUGGAAUGUUCCAUCCUGCUGGACUUGAGAUUAUUAUCAACUCGGAAAUUUGGGACGUGAGAACGUUCAAUUUAAUGCACACAGUACCAGCGCUGGACCAGUGUAAUAUUGUAUUCAACACGGCAGGGACCGUCAUUUACGGAACUGUCUUCCAAUCAGAUGCAGAUGAAGACCUCCUUGACGAUGAGAGACUAAAGAGCCCCUUUGGUUCCUCCUUCCGAACCUUCGAUGCCACAGACUACAAACCAAUAGCCACAAUUGAUGUCAAGAGGAAUAUAUUUGAUCUGGCCACAGACCCAACAGACUGCUAUCUUGCUGUACUAGAGACCCAGGGCAGUGUAGAAACACUCAAUGUUGAGAGCGUGUGUAGAAUGUAUGAAGUAGGACGACCCAAGAGAGCCGAUGGAGAAGACGAGGAUGAGGAAGAUGACGACGAGGAAGGAUCAGACGACGAUGAUGACGAUGAAGAUAGUCUUCCAGAUUUCGACGUCGACGACCUUCUUGGUGAGAGCAGCGGUCAUGAAGAUGGAGGCAGGGAAGGAGAUGACGAUCGACCGGCGCGUCUUGAAGAUGAUGAUGAUGAUGAUGAUUUAAGUAGCAGAGACUCGGACGUACAUCUUCUCAGCUCAGACUCUGAUGAAAGUGACGAAGAUGAUGAUGAUUAUGAAGAUGUGCUUUUCAGUCUCAGUCAACAUUGGUCCUGAUCAUUGGCUCUCAUUACAAGAUGGACAACAGCUAAACUUUUAAAACAUCUUAUAGAUGAUAUAUUUCACUUUUGUUUUGGAGUUAUCGGUAUUCUUAGUUUUAUUUUUUCCCCCUAAUUUUGGUCCAUUUGGUAUCAUAUUUAUUUCAAAUGUUUGCCCUGUGACUCCCAUAACAAAAUUAUUCAACAGUGAUGACAAAGUUUUCACAGGCAUUAUUUCUUUGUGUUGUUAUUCCUUCAGAGACCAUUCAUUUCUGUAUAGUCACAAAACAUCCAGACAUUUCUAAUAUCAAAUUGUGUCAGUGAAAUCUAACAGAAAUAACCCGAUACAGAAACUUUAGUUUUGUGUUUAUAAUUUGGAAUAAUUGUUUACAUGGGACAAUUUCUUAUCCAGACAUGACCUUUAUUUUGACCACUUUAUGUGAAUGGAAGUGGGUCAAAGCCAUAAGGUUAUAUAAGAACUAGAGGGCGCACUGGCCUAGUUAUGUGGCCCGGCAUGCUGCCAUUUUGUAAGUUGAAAAAACAACAUCGCAUAGCGUGUAUUUAUCAUGCACACACGCACAAAUCGAAGUGUAGGCCUACUUCAUAUUCAAUGCGCACAUAACGUUCAUAUCUUACAAAAUGGCGCGCGUGUCUCCUUGCUGUCUCGUCGUGUUUGUGCACGCAGCAUCACCAGUGCGCCCUCUAGUUCUUAUAUACAACUUCAUGGUAAAACCUUAUGGCGGUUUGCAGCCAUUUUGAUACAAGCGUUUUGUGCCGCUAUGAUCUUCAAGUGGUUUUAAACUGACCGACAUGGUUAUGUUCGACUCGUCCAACAGAAUGGAUGGCCAGAGUAAAAUAAAUCUUUCAGCUGUUCACAUUCGUGUAUUCGAAAACAAAUUCUCUAUUCUCAGAUGCAAAGUAUCUCAUCUAUUGAACCAACUGUUUACUGUAACUGCUGCUAGUUAAAGGGUUUCACUUGAGUGUUUGACUGCUAGUGGUUAUAGGCAGUGGAAACUAUUGGUAAUUACUCAAAAUAAUUGUUAGCAUAAUAACUUACUUGGUAACGAGCAAUGGA